AGGAGUCUGAGAGAGCGCCGAUAGCUGUUUCUAGAGGAAAAAAACUCUAUCCAAAUAUUCCUCCAUAUAUCACCUGUGUAUUAGCCAAGGCACUCACAGACAAUGGCUCAAGAUAUGACGGAGAAGGAUAUACUGAAGAUGGAAGUGGAACAGCUAAAGAAAGAAGUCAAAACAGAGAGGGCACCGAUUUCAACAUCUUUAUCAGAAAUGAAGACUUAUAUUGAAUCUCAUGCGACAGAAGAUCCUUUGAUAAAAGGAGUUCCAGAUGAUAGGAACCCCUUUAAGGAGAAAGGCGGAUGCUCCAUAUCUUGAUGAAGGGCUAAGCAAUCUCCACUGAGCAACAGGAUCACAAAAUUGAACUUUCAUUAUCUCACUUGAAUCACUGCAGCUUUACUGGUCUAUUCUUUACUAUUUAGAAGAUGAUUUAUGAACUGGGCUUGGGUCCUGAGCUUAAAAAAAAAGAAUUUUGUUUGCGAUUGAUUGGCUGUAUCUGCUCAGGUUGGGAUAUUUGUGCGCUAUUGGGGAUUAGUAAACAAUUAAAAAACAAUUUCAAAAUUUGCUGCUGAAUUCUGUAUAAUUUAAACUUGGAUGCAUGGAUGUAUUUGAUAAAAGGAGCCUUUCAUACACAA